AUGGCUGUCACCACGCGCUUCAACUUGGAUAUCAAUGGUACGGAAAUUAGACCUGUGCAGCAUGAGUUCCGGAUUCCCCACUACAAAGGUUCCAAAUGGAUCAUUCGGCUCCCUACAUUCCCAAUAGAGUAUGCGGAUCUCUACAAUGCCGAUCAAGGCGCCUCAAGCAAUGUUCCCAGCGGCACUAUAACCGGAGAGAAAUGUCAAAGGCAAUUGCGUGAGCGCGGUCAGAAGUUCUCGCAGCUCGCUCCAAUCUUGCCUACCGCUGAAGUGGUGUCAUGCUCACCGACGAAGCAGACGUACUCCUAG